AUUCACACUGUGUAUGGUAGGCUACAAAAAAGGGAAAGGGUAAGAAUCGUUACGUCAUAUUGGAAGGUAAUACCCGCUGGGGAUGGCGAGCAACAUCAGGGUGACACAAAAUCGUAUAAAAUGAUGCAAUUAGAGACAACUAAAAUCAGUCGAGUGUUCAUCUUCGACGGAACAAGAGAAGUUUAGUUGUUUACCAAUUGCUGAAUUCCUUUGCUCGUUACCAUCUGCUAAAUUUCGGCUUGCCACAAUGGGUAUCCAUGGCAUUACACUUCUAAUUACUGUUGCCGUUAUGGCUGGAUCGUGCAUAGCUGUGCCAAUGGGUUCUCCGUCUUCUAGCUAUGGUGGUUAUUCAUACCAAACUACCAGUGCUGCGCCGUACUACACGACGACGUAUGCUGCCCCCAGUUAUUACACUACAAAGGCGCCCGAGUACUACCCCACAACAUAUGCGGCACCCACUUACUACACCGAGGCUCCCAAGUAUUACAGCACGAAGGCUCCUGAAUACUACACCACCACGUAUGCAGCUCCGACUUACUAUACGGAGGAACCAAAAUACUACUCCGCACCGAGCUAUUACACAGGAUCGCCAGUAUAUUACACGACAACGUAUGCCACUCCAAGCUACUACACCGAGGCUCCCACUUACUAUACCACAAAGGCCCCUGAGUAUUACACCACAACUUACGCUUCACCAGUUUACUACACCGAGGCCCCGAAAUAUGACUCUGCUCCAAGCUACACUACAACCGUGUCGUACUACACAACUACAGAGGCGCCUAAGUAUUACGUAGCACCAACCUACUACACUGAAGCCGCGCCAUCUUAUUACUCCGAGCCGACCUACUACACUGAAGCCCCGAAGUACUACGCUGCCCCAAGUUACUACACCACGACUGCUCCUUCGUACUUCGUCGAACCUACUUACUACACCACAACUUAUGCUGCUCCGUCUUACUAUACUGAGGCUGCUGAAUACUACACAACUAAAGCCCCAGAGUACUACACAAAGAAAGCUGAAUACUACACCACCACUUACGCCGCUCCAGCUUAUUACACUGAGGCUCCCAAAUAUUUGGCUCAACAAUACACUACAACAUAUGCUGCCCCAAGCUAUUAUACAGAAGCCCCGAAGUACUACACUACAACAUAUGCCGCUCCGGUUUACUACACCGAAGCUCCUCAAUACUAUACCACAAAGGCCACUGAAUACUACACAACUGCCGGCCAGGAGUAUUACACGAAGAAAGCUGAGUACUACACCACACCAUACGCUGCUCCAGCUUACUACACCGAGGCGCCUAAGUACUACACCACCACCUACGCUACUCCGGCUUACUACAUUGAGGCUGCUGAAUACUACACCAAAAAGGCUGCUGAAUACUACACCACAAAGGCUGCUGAAUACUACACCACAAAGGCUGCUGAAUACUACACAACCACUUACGCUGCUCCAGCUUACCAGACUGAGGCCCCCAAAUAUUACCAGAGUGAGGCCCCCAAAUAUUACCAGACUGAGGCCCCCAAAUAUAACCGGACUGAGGCUCCAAGAUAUUAUACUACAAAGGCCCCCGAGUAUACCACAGCAUAUGCUGCACCGAGCUACUACACUGAAGCUCCGAAAUACUACACAACAACCUAUGCAACCCCAUCCUACUACACUGAGGCUCCCAAGUACUAUUAAUCGUGAAAAUUGCGUUGUCCAUCAAGCUCGACGAUGGAAUAUUCAGAUUUGAUUUUAUCAUUUACAGUCCUCGUUCCAAAAUAAGUAAUUCCAUUUAUGCAUUCAGUAGUCGUUCCAUACAAAUGUUUCCAAAUGAAUUGUUGAAUACAGAUAUAAUGCCGUUAACAAA